GGCUCGGCGCUCCGGGAGCCCCGCAGGCAGCGCCGCCUCUUGCUGGUCAUCGUGUGCGUGGCGCUCUUCCUGGACAACAUGCUGUACAUGGUCAUCGUGCCCAUCGUGCCCGACUACAUCGCCCACAUGCGCGGGGGCAGCGAGAACCCCACCCCGACCCCGGAGGUGUGGGUGCCCACCCUGCCGCCGCCCACUCCAGCCAAUGCCAGUGCCAGCUCCACGGCCAACAGCUCAGGGUCCCCGACGGCUGCGCAGCCCGCCGGGUCUGCCCUGCGGCCCCGCUACCCCACGGAGAGCGAGGACGUGAAGAUCGGGGUGCUGUUCGCCUCCAAGGCCAUCCUGCAGCUUCUGGUGAACCCGCUAAGCGGGCCCUUCAUCGACCGCAUGAGCUACGACGUGCCGCUGCUCAUCGGCCUGGGCGUCAUGUUCGCCUCCACCGUCCUGUUCGCCUUCGCCGAGGACUACGCCACGCUUUUCACGGCGCGCAGCCUGCAGGGCCUGGGCUCCGCCUUCGCCGACACGUCCGGCAUCGCCAUGAUCGCGGACAAGUACCCCGAGGAGCCGGAGCGCAGCCGCGCGCUGGGCGUGGCGCUGGCCUUCAUCAGCUUCGGCAGCCUCGUGGCGCCGCCCUUCGGGGGCAUCCUCUACGAGUUCGCGGGCAAGCGCGUGCCCUUCCUGGUGCUCGCCGCCGUGUCGCUGUUCGACGCGAUCCUGCUGCUGGUGGUGGCCAAGCCCUUCUCGGCCGCGGCGCGGGCGCGGGCCAACCUGCCGGUGGGGACGCCCAUCCACCGCCUCAUGCUGGACCCGUAUAUCGCCGUGGUGGCCGGCGCGCUCACCACUUGCAACAUCCCCCUCGCUUUCCUGGAACCCACCAUCGCCACGUGGAUGAAGCACACGAUGGCGGCGUCGGAGUGGGAGAUGGGCAUGGUCUGGCUGCCGGCCUUCGUGCCUCACGUGCUGGGCGUCUACCUCACGGUGCGCCUGGCGGCGCGCUACCCACACCUGCAGUGGCUCUACGGCGCGCUGGGGCUGGCGGUGAUCGGUGCCAGCUCGUGCGUGGUGCCCGUCUGCCGCUCCUUCGCGCCGCUGGUGGUCUCGCUCUGCGGCCUCUGCUUCGGCAUCGCGCUGGUCGACACGGCCCUGCUGCCCACGCUCGCCUUUCUCGUGGACGUGCGCCACGUUUCCGUCUACGGAAGCGUCUAUGCCAUCGCCGACAUCUCCUAUUCCGUGGCCUACGCGCUCGGGCCCAUCGUGGCGGGCCACAUCGUGCAUUCGCUCGGCUUCGGGCCGCUCAGCCUUGGCAUGGGCCUGGCCAACCUGCUCUACGCGCCUGUCCUGCUCCUGCUGCGCAAGGUGGGCCUCCUGACGCGCUCCCGCUCCGAGCGCGAGGUGCUGCUCGACGAGCCGCCGCAGGGUCUGUACGAUGCGGUGCGCCUGCGGGAGUGCCCCGUGUCAGACCCGCACAGCGCGCCUCGCAGCCCGUCCGGCCCGUUUGCCGAGAGCGAGAGCGACUACACCGACUACUGCCCCCGCAGCUAG